AUGAGAUCACUUUCUUAGGCAUGUAUCACUGAAAAUUCAGAAAACAUCGAAAAGUUUAUCUUUAAAUAGAAGAAAUUAAUCACCUUGAGGUCAGACUCACCUACUCUUACCAAAAGACUUAGUCAAUAGCCAAUUGUAGUUUAAUCUGAUUCGCCUCUUAAAAAGCACAAAACUUGCAGUAGUGAAAUUCCCUUGAGUAAUGGGAAAAUGUUCUUGAAGGAUGGCAAGAUCUUGUUCUUGAAGUAAAAACUGCCUAAAUUGGAGUUACCAUAAGCAAAAUGUAAAUUUGACCCCAAAGUUGAGAUCCUUAAAUGGAUAAAAACAAAUAAGAGCAUUUCUCCUCUGAAGAAGAGAGUUGCCUUCAGGGCUAUAAAAGAAUCUAAUGGUUAAAACAGGAAAUCAUUAAUCUUUUGA